UAACCACAUGCACUGAAGAUGCAGCCCUGACAGUUUGACUUCAGCUUCAGAGGAAAACUGAAAGUGCAUUCAAUGCCAGCAUAAGGAAGCUGCUUGGAUUUUAAAAUACAACAUUCUGAGUAGAAUGUGCAUCUGAGGAGCAUUGAAUCUUCCUACUUUUCUAUUUUGACCUCUUGUGCAACAUUUAAUGCUGUGAAGAAAGGAAGAGCUCAUCAGAAGAUUGCAACAUGUGGAGAAAUGUGUUAAUAAUGUAGAGAAGAGCGAGAACCAGCCCUAACACAUACACAUGUCUGUGUCCAGGGCAGUUCACAGUCCAGUUAAUGGGACCACAGCCAUCCCAUGGAGGAACAGCAGGAGGAGGCUGUCACUGCUGGAGCAGCUGAGAGGCUGUCAGAGGGCCUGGUGCCCCGCGGCACCAUGGGAUAGAGAGGAGGCCCACGCUGCCCUCUGUGGAACUCCUGCAGGGAGUUUCCUUGUUGUGCGUGAUUGUAGAACAUCUCUGUCCAGCCUGCUGUUGUGUGUGUCUGCUGGAGGAGACAAUGACACCGUCCUAGAUUAUCACAUCACAACCAAAGACACAGUUUUCCAGCUGUCUGAGUCUCUUCUGUCCUUCUCUGACUUGUCUCAGCUGGUGCUCUUCUACUCUCUGACAAGGGAUGUGUUGGCCAUGUGUCUGUCACUUCCUCAGUGGAUCCACAGUGUAACCGACAAGCACAGAGAUCGUCUCAGUCCACUCGAACCCAGAAUGUGGCUCAGCUCAACGUCGGAUCAAGAGGCAGUUGAAUUGCCCCACAGGGUGCCAAGCACUGUCAUGUGCUCCAUACAGUUAACGUCCACCAAUGGGGCCCUGUGUAUCAUCAAUCCCCUGUACGUACAUGAGCAUGGAGAUGAUUGGCUGACCCACAGACAGAUAACGAGACAGUGCACCACACAGUCAUCAAGAUACAGACAAGAGCGUCGCCUCAGCACCACGCGUCCAUGGUCGGGGGCGGGGUUGCGGUCUGUGUCACUGGACCAACAAUCCUGUUCUGCCAGGGAGGAGAGUUCUGGUCUAACCAGAGCAAAGUCAGCUGAUUCACCACAUCAACACCCUUCAACACCCACUACGCCAGCUUCUCCAGCAGGAGUCAUCCUCAGGAGAGUGAGCCGCUCUUCUGCCUGUAGCCCCCAACACAGAGUCAGUACAGGAACCCUGUCUUCAUCUGCGCCCUCCUCACCUGAUAGUUUAAAUCCUGGGGCUCCUGACCUGCAGCACCAUGGCAGCCCCUGGCCUCAGCCUCCUCACAGGGUGUCCUGGAUUGAAGACGGUGUCUGGCUUCCUCCACCCAGGCCCUACUCUACGCUCCUGCUGCCGUCUCUAGAGCUUGACUCACUGUCAGUCAGCAGCACAGAGGAAGAGCUGGAGUCCCCGAUGCCAAGCCCCACAAUCCACCUCCCCUCAGCACACCGUCUAGCUGACAAGGUCAUGCAUCGGCUCUCCGCAGUCGGACAGGCACUGGGCGGGUUGGUCAGUCAGAAGAAAAGACUAAGCAACCGCGUGAAAGAGCUGAGCGAGCGGAAAGGCGGCAUUUUCGCAGAGGCUGUGAAAGCAUUCGUGGAGACGACUCAGAAAAGAGGAGCUGAUCCCACAGGGGUCACAGGGUCAGAGUUCUUACAGGAAGUGAGGUCGUCACUCACAUCACUGAGGGAGACAUUGUUGGACUAUUCAGAAAUCCAAGCAUUACUGGACAGCAUGACAGAUCUGAGUGACCAGGAGAUAGAUUCAUUGGUGGAGCUCUGCAUCCACAAAGUGGCUCUGAAGCCCGUCUCCACCCACCUGUACUCCUGCAUUCAUGCGUUCCGCACUGAUGACGGCAGCUUCGAGUGUCUCCAGAGGAAACUGCCUGUGCUGGAGAAGAACGGGGUGGAGGAGCUGGGAGGGUCAGAGGGAGUUGGAGUUCCUGACUCUGUCAGCCUGGAGCGGAUUCAGCAGAGGUGGACUACAAUGCAUGAGGCCUACUCCCCAAACAAGAAGGUUCAGAUUUUGCUGAAGGUCUGCAAGAGCAUCUAUCACGGCAUGAGUGUCAAUGCAAGCUCAGGUACAGUAUUUGGAGCUGAUGAUUUCCUGCCCUGCCUGACAUGGGUGCUGCUGCGUAGUGAUGUGGUCACAUUGCAGGUGGACACGGAUUACAUGAUGGAACUGCUGGACCCCACACAGCUACAGGGAGAAGGUGGCUACUACCUUACAACCCUAUACGCCUCGCUCUACUACAUCAGCAGCUUUCGCCCACGACUGGCAGCUCGUCAGCUCAGUGUCGAGGCCCAAGACUCUCUGAAUCAAUGGCACCGCAGACGCACCCUGCACUGUAACCAGUCCCGUCGCAGCAAGCUUCGACGGACUAUUCGGAGGCAGACGUGUCGGGAGAUGGAAUCGCAGGACUCGUGCACAGGGACUGCGCGUGAAGAGGACAGUGGAAAAGAACAUUAUUGUGUUGAUGCAGAUGAGUCAGCGCAGCAGAGAGAAAGGAGUGCAGAGACUCUACCGCAACUGAAAGAGGAACCAAGCAGGGAACAUGAAGAUGAGGACCAAUCACUGACGUCUUCUCCUGCAUCAGACUGUCACCAGCAAGAGUCAACAGGAAGCCAACAGGAAGACAGGCAGUCUGUGUGAAGACAGUAGGGUGGAUCAUCAUGGAGAGAGGAAGUGUUACACAGGGUUAUUUUAUUCCACUUGCAUUUGCAUGUGGAUUACUUUUCAAUAAAAUGAUCUUAAAGCUUUUAGACUGGUGCCGUCAUAGUCAACCCAGAUCUUUAAAAUAACUUCAGCUGUUCACCUCGACAGACGUAUAUGCAAGACAUUACAGAAAUCAGAUAUGUUCAAAAAAAAGUUGGAGAUCUGUACCUUUACAUUUUUGUGUGGAUUUAAAGUGUGCAUGAACUCUGACAGGUCCAGCACCAGUAGGGUUGCCAACUGGCCCGUAUAUUAUCCCGUUUAUUGACUGCGACGCUGAUCUAACCACUGAAUGAUACAACAACGACAGCAGCAGUGCUGAUCGCGACACCUGUCAUCAUCCAAUCACAGUGUGAGCUACAUCUUAUACUUUAUUAAUCCCCUUAGGGAAAUUAUUUCUCUGCAUUUGACCCAUCCUAGAUUUAGGAGCAGUGAGCUGCCACACUGAGUAGCGCUCGGGGAGAAAUGGGGGUUGGGUACCUUGCUCAGGGGUACCCCAGCCCUUUUGACCCCACCAGGUCAAAAGGGCUGAGGUACCCUUUCCACUUGGCCACGGGCUGAUGAUGACAGGUGCCGUCACACCUCGUGUCAGUUGGCCACACAGAUGGUGCACAUUCUGAGUCACUGCUAUUUUAUCCCUCUGCAAAACUGCUAUCAUUAUGACAAAUGCCUUAAAAUAAUACAGUGUGUAACCGAGAUAAAGGCGUCUACACUGGGUACGUAAAUAAACAAUCAAAGGACACGAAUGGCCGGUGUUGACGCCAACAGCGUCUCACUUUUAUUCCACUUCCUUUUUUUUUUUUUCAUGUAAAACAACCCUACUUCCCGGCAACAACAACCGCGUCACUUCCGGUCUACCCUUCACAAUAAAACUACACAUCAGGUAUGAGAAACAAUACCUGACAAACUCUACUAAGAGCUGCCAUAAUAAAAAAAUAUGUUACACACUGUUUAUUCACACAAAACCAUACUCGUCACCUUUUGUCCCUUAUAGUGACAAGGUUGGCAACCCUAAGCACCAGCUCUUUUGCCACAUCUCAGGCUGCCGACACGACAGUUCAUACAAAACACAUCAAGUGACAUCCUGAGCUGUAGAAUCGCCUCAACUUAAAUAAUGCAGCAUCCUCAUGAACAGGGUAACAACAGGAAUGACAAAACUGGUUUAUAACCAACUAACAUAAACUUAUUGUAUGAAAGGGGAUUUAUGAGAAGCAAAAUAAUUUCAGUGGGUAAAACUCCUGCUGUAUAAAAUACAUCACAAUUAGUGUUCCCCUCAUAGUUAAUGAUGAAGUGAUUUAUAUUUGAUAACUGAUCACCUUGAUUGGUUCCUAACAGUUUGCUCUGCAUUAAUUCACCUGAGAAUAAACAUCAACAUGGACUUGGAAUCA